AUGCCGUUCUACAGGCGCACGGUGGUGCCCCAGCGCCUGUGCCCGCGCAAUCCGCCGCAGCCGCCGGCCGAGCUCCGCGACGUGAGCCACCUGGCCGCGCUCAGCCUGCUCCGGCAGCUCGCCGACCUCUGUGGCCACUCGCUGGCUCUGCUUGAGGACCUCGAGGGGCACCUGCUGGCCCUGGGACGCCGCACCGACAGCCUAUACGGGCGCACCGUGCGCCUCCGCCGCCGCCUUCCCUGCCGCCUGCUUGGCCCGGAGGACGAGGAGGAAGAGCUAGCUGCAGCUAACUCGGGUCGGGAAAAUGCGACAGCGACCGCCCACUCGAGGUCGUCAUGGCGACAGCCAGUGAACGUGUUCCUCUCCUCGGGCAGGCCCCCGAGUGUAGAGGAGCUGCUUCGCGAGGCGCAGCUCAAUCUCCAGAGCCUGUUGCAAGAAGAAUAUGAGGAACAGUACUCGGAAGCCAGACUUCUGGGGCAGACCUUCCGCUCUUCUGAGGAGGCCCCUCAGCCCAGCCCCAGCCCAAGGCCCCACUCUGCCAAGCGUCUGGAGUUUGUACUGAUGCCUACAAAACGACAGCUGAGUGAAGAUGAGACCACCACCCAGGGUGUGAGGGCCCCUGAGGCCUCCCUGAGCCUGUCUACCACAGCCGGCAAGCAAACUGCCUGGAAUAGCCCCUUCCCUCUGCCCAUCCUAGAGGAGAAGCGGUGGCCUCAGCCUUGCUCCACACAAUCUGACAUUGUGCCCAUCAACAUCUCUGGGCAGCAGUUUGAUAAGCAUGCAAGUUUGCGACACUCGUUGUUUAACACAGAGACAGCCGUGAACCCCAAGUCCACCCUGAGGCGGAGGCGGACCAUUAUUGGAUUCUCUAACUUUUCCAAGCGAGACCAAGGUCACAGCAGCAGCCCGGCAGGCAGUGUGGCCCGUUCUGCCACGUCAGACAUCAGACCCAGUCACUCAGUGCCGGAAGGUGUUCAUGGAAGAGUUGCAGUGGGUCAGGAAGCUCAGUUCCCAAAUCUCACCUCACCAGUACUGAGAGAGCCUUCUAGUGAUCUGGAAGAGCCUCAGCAGGCACACGGUGGCCCCAACCCUCCUGGCAUGGAGAGCAUGGGAGUGGUGUACAGCAUCCCCAGUUCUUGCAAUGGACCAACAGAAUCAACAUUCUCCACUUCCUGGAAAGGAGAUGCUUUUACUUACAUGACUCCAAGUGCCAACAGCCAGAGCAAUCAAGUCAGUGAAAAUAGAAAAUAUCCUUCCUCUGGGAAUUCUUGGGUCUCUCUGAACACAUUCCCCGCUGUGGUUCCUAAGGAGGCUGCUCCCCUCUUUGUCGCUCGUGAUAGCCCAGCAGGAUGCAGUGGGCUGGCUGGCUACUCUGAACACUCUACCCAACGAAUGCAAGUACUGGAAAGACCCGCCAAGACUGGCCUUCUAACUGGUGGUACUUCACGGCUGGAGACAGGCCCAGGUGGGGCCAGCAGGUUCCGGGAGCGGUCACUGUCCGUGCCCACAGAUUCAGGCACCACAGAUGUGAAUUAUGAUGAGGAGCAGAAGGCCAGUGAAGCCUGUGCCCUGCCUUAUGCCAGUACAAGUUCUGAGGGGAGUAACAGUGCUGACAACAUUGCCUCCCUUAGUGCCGAACAGGAGGCCCAGCACAGAAGACAGAGGUCCAAGAGUAUCUCACUCAAGAAGGCCAAAAAGAAGCCCUCCCCACCAACCCGCAGCGUCUCACUGGUCAAAGAUGAGCCGGUCCUCUUGCCAGAAGGUGGGUCAGCACUACCCAAGGACCAGAGGCCCAGGAGCCUUUGCCUCUCCUUGGAACACCAAGGACAUCAUUUGUCCCAUCCAGAUGCUCAGGGUCACCCAGCUGUGCCAGCCCUCAAAGAUCCAGAAGGUACACAAUUCUCCCACCACUGGUAUCUUACUGACUGGAAAUCUGGUGACACCUACCAAUCCUUGUCCAGCUCCAGCACUGCCACCGGCACCACAGUCAUUGAGUGCACCCAAGUUCAGGGCAGUUCAGAGUCUCUUGCCUCCCCUUCCACCUCCAGAGCCACUACACCUUCCCAGCUCUCCAUCGAGGUGGAGCCCAGGGAGGUAUCUUCCCCAGGAAGGCCCACUGGACUGAUGUCACCCUCCAGUGGAUAUUCCAGCCAGUCAGAGACACCAACACCCACUGUCUCCAUGUCCUCGACCCUUGGCCACUUACCCCCACCAAGCAGCAGUGUCCGGGUACGGCCAGUGGUACCUGAGAGAAAGUCAUCAUUACCCCCGACAUCACCAAUGGAGAAAAUUCCCAAGUCACGGCUAUCGUUUGACUUACCAUUGACCCCUUCGACCAACCUGGACCUGUCUGGGAUGAGUAUCUCCAUCCGAAGCAAAACCAAGGUGAGCCGGCAUCACUCAGAUACAAAUUUUGGGGCCAAGUUGGCCCAGAAAACUAGUCCCAACCAGCCAAUCAUGCCCAUGGUUACUCAGUCUGACCUACGUUCUGUUCGCCUGAGGUCAGUCAGCAAGUCUGAGCCAGAAGAUGACAUUGAGAGCCCUGAGUAUGCUGAGGAACCCAGAGCAGAAGAAGUCUUCACCUUGCCAGAGAGAAAGGUGAAACCUCCCAUAGCUGAGAAGCCUCCGCUUGCCAGAAGGCCUCCAAGCUUGGUCCACAAGCCACCAUCUGUCCCUGAGGAGUACCCACUAACUUCGCCUACCUUGGUUAUGACCCCCAAGAGCUCAAUUCAACACGUGAGGCCACUCCCUCAAGACAGCUACACGGUGGUGCGGAAACCAAAGUCCUCCAGCCUCCCAGAUGGCAGGAGCCCAGGGGGGUCAACCACACCCUCAUCUGUUGUUUUCACAUCUUUUGGCAGUUCCUCUGGUGCUUUCUUCUCAGGAACACAGCAACCUCUCCAAGGAAGUAUGGAGGAUGAGGGCCCCAAGACGAGAGCCCUGCCUGAAAGAAUUAGCCUCCAGAGCCAGGAAGAAGCUGAGAAAAAGAAAGGCAAGAUUCCACCUCCUGUACCAAAAAAGCCCAGCGUGCUGUACCUGCCUCUCACCUCACCCGCAGCUCACGUGGAGGCCUACAUGGCAGAACCAAGGCUGCCUCUCAGCCCCAUCAUCACCCUGGAGGAAGAUGCCAAGUGUCCCCCCUCUGGCGAUGACCUGCAAUCACCUGGCGAAAGGACAACCUCAGCUCCGCAGGCUGCCAGUGAAAGCGAGGCAAGCCCUCCGGGGAGUUCUGUGGAACAAAGCACAGAAGAAAAAAGUUUAAUCAGUGAUAAAACAGCUGAAUGGAUUGCAGAGGAUGAUGAUGACGUGUUUGUGGCUUCACGCACAACUGAAGAUUUAUUUACUGUGAUACACAGGUCCAAAAGAAAGCUGCUUGGCUGGAAGGAGCCUGGUGAGGCCUUUGCCGGUGGCAGACUGAGCUCCCAUUCACCAAUAAAGAAUACAGCCGAUUCUCCAAUCAGUGAGUCUGCUGCCGCCACAGGGUCAGGCAGCAGUGCCAACCUAGAUGCUGGCAGAAACGAUGAUUUCAAGGCCUUGCUACAGAAGAAGGGAAGUAAGGCAACUCCCAGGUCCCGGCCCUCAGCAGCCGAAUUGCUGAAGACCACUAACCCACUGGCUCGGAGAAUUAUUGCACAAUUUUCAAAAGACUAUGAAACCACCGAUAACCCCAGUACCUAA